AAUGUAUAUAUUAUUAAGAUAAUAUAUACAUCUGAUUUUAUUUUUUUAAAAAGUUUAUUUUGCUCCAUUUUUGAAAAAGAGGGAGCGUGGGUGGCGAGCGGUUUUUAUAAAUUAUCCUUAUUUUCUGUUAUUUGUCCCUGUCCUCCCCACCCCCUGCUGAAGCGAGAAUAAGGGCAGGGACCUUGGCUCCUACCUAUCGGUAACCCCCUUACCCAUCCCUCCCCCGCCCUAAUGCCCAGCAUAGUGCCCUGCACACAGUAGGCGCUCAAUAAAUGUUCGUGGAUGAUGAUGAUGAUGAUGAUGAAAAAAAUGCAGCAUCAACGGCAGCAGCAAGCGGACCACGCGAACGAGGCAAACUAUGCAAGAGGCACCAGACUCCCUCUUUCUGGUGAAGGACCAACUUCUCAGCCGAAUAGCUCCAAGCAAACUGUCCUGUCCUGGCAAGCUGCAAUCGAUGCUGCUAGACAGGCCAAGGCUGCCCAAACUAUGAGCACCUCUGCACCCCCACCUGUAGGAUCUCUUUCCCAAAGAAAACGUCAGCAAUACGCCAAGAGCAAAAAACAGGGUAACUCGUCCAACAGCAGACCAGCCCGAGCCCUUUUCUGUUUAUCACUGAAUAACCCCAUCCGAAGAGCCUGCAUUAGUAUAGUGGAAUGGAAACCAUUUGACAUAUUUAUAUUAUUGGCUAUUUUUGCCAAUUGUGUGGCCUUAGCUAUUUACAUCCCAUUCCCUGAAGAUGAUUCUAACUCAACAAAUCAUAACUUGGAAAAAGUAGAAUAUGCCUUCCUGAUUAUUUUUACAGUCGAGACAUUUUUGAAGAUAAUUGCAUAUGGAUUAUUGCUACAUCCUAAUGCUUAUGUUAGGAAUGGAUGGAAUUUACUGGAUUUUGUUAUAGUAAUAGUAGGAUUGUUUAGUGUAAUUUUGGAACAAUUAACCAAAGAAACAGAAGGCGGGAACCACUCUAGCGGCAAAUCAGGAGGCUUUGAUGUCAAAGCCCUCCGUGCCUUCCGAGUGUUACGACCACUUCGACUAGUAUCAGGAGUGCCCAGUUUACAAGUUGUCCUGAACUCCAUUAUAAAAGCCAUGGUUCCCCUCCUUCACAUAGCCCUUUUGGUAUUAUUUGUAAUCAUAAUCUAUGCUAUUAUAGGAUUGGAACUUUUUAUUGGAAAAAUGCACAAAACAUGUUUUUUUGCUGACUCAGAUAUCGUAGCUGAAGAGGACCCAGCUCCAUGUGCGUUCUCAGGGAAUGGACGCCAGUGUACCGCCAAUGGCACGGAAUGUAGGAGUGGCUGGGUUGGCCCAAAUGGAGGCAUCACCAAUUUUGAUAACUUUGCCUUUGCCAUGCUCACUGUGUUUCAGUGUAUCACCAUGGAGGGCUGGACAGAUGUGCUGUACUGGAUGAAUGAUGCUAUGGGAUUUGAAUUGCCCUGGGUGUAUUUUGUCAGUCUCGUCAUCUUUGGGUCAUUUUUCGUACUAAAUCUUGUACUUGGUGUAUUGAGCGGAGAAUUCUCAAAGGAAAGAGAGAAGGCUAAAGCGCGGGGAGAUUUCCAGAAACUCCGGGAGAAACAGCAACUGGAGGAGGAUCUCAAGGGCUACUUGGAUUGGAUCACCCAGGCAGAAGACAUCGAUCCUGAGAAUGAAGAGGAGGGUGGAGAGGAAGGCAAACGAAAUAGGGUCACAGUGGCCGAGUUGCUAAAAGAGGAUAAGAAGAAAAGGAAGUUUUGCUGCUUUCGCCAACGCAGGGCUAAAGAUCACGCCAGCAUGCCCACCAGUGAGACCGAAUCCGUGAACACUGAGAACGUAAGUGGCGAAGGCGAGACCCAGGGCUGCUGUGGAAGUCUCUGGUGCUGGUGGAAAAGAAGAGGCACGGCCAAGACGGGGCCCUCUGGGUGCCGGCGGUGGGGCCAAGCCAUCUCAAAAUCCAAACUCAGCCGACGCUGGCGUCGCUGGAACCGAUUCAGUCGCAGAAGAUGUAGAGCUGCCGUGAAGUCUGUCACGUUUUAUUGGCUGGUUAUUGUCCUGGUGUUUCUCAACACAUUAACCAUUUCCUCUGAGCACUACAAUCAGCCAGACUGGUUGACGCAGAUUCAAGAUAUCGCUAACAAAGUCCUCCUGGCUCUGUUCACUUGUGAGAUGUUGGUAAAAAUGUACAGCUUGGGUCUCCAGGCAUAUUUUGUCUCUCUCUUCAACCGGUUUGAUUGCUUUGUGGUGUGUGGCGGAAUUACUGAGACCAUCUUAGUGGAACUGGAAAUCAUGUCCCCUCUGGGGAUCUCUGUGUUCCGGUGUGUGCGCCUCUUGAGAAUCUUCAAAGUGACCAGGCAUUGGACAUCUCUGAGCAACUUGGUGGCGUCCUUGUUAAACUCCAUGAAGUCAAUUGCUUCAUUGUUGCUUCUGCUCUUUCUCUUCAUUAUCAUCUUUUCCUUGCUUGGGAUGCAGCUGUUUGGAGGCAAGUUUAAUUUCGAUGAAACACAAACCAAGCGAAGCACCUUCGACAACUUUCCCCAAGCCCUUCUGACAGUAUUUCAGAUUCUGACAGGCGAGGACUGGAAUGCUGUGAUGUACGACGGCAUCAUGGCUUACGGAGGCCCGUCAUCCUCAGGAAUGAUCGUCUGUAUCUAUUUCAUCAUCCUCUUCAUCUGUGGUAACUAUAUUCUACUGAAUGUCUUCUUGGCCAUCGCUGUUGACAAUUUGGCUGAUGCGGAAAGUUUGAAUACUGCUCAGAAAGAGGAAGCUGAAGAAAAGGAAAGGAAAAAGAUUGCCAGAAAAGAGAGCCUAGAAAAUAAAAAGAACAACAAACCAGAAGUCAACCAGAUAGCCAACAGUGAAAACAAGGUUACAAUUGAUGACUAUCGAGAGGAGGAUGAAGACAAGGACCCUUACCCACCGUGCGAUGUGCCAGUAGGUGAAGAGGAAGAAGAGGAGGAGGAAGAUGAACCUGAGGUUCCCGCUGGUCCCCGUCCUCGCAGAAUCUCGGAGUUGAACAUGAAGGAGAAAAUUGCCCCCAUCCCUGAAGGGAGCGCUUUCUUCAUUCUUAGCAAGACCAACCCGAUCCGCGUGGGCUGUCACAAGCUCAUCAACCACCACAUCUUCACCAACCUCAUCCUCGUCUUCAUCAUGCUGAGCAGCGCUGCUCUUGCAGCUGAGGACCCCAUCCGCAGCCACUCCUUCCGGAACACUAUUCUGGGUUACUUUGACUAUGCUUUCACAGCCAUCUUUACUGUUGAAAUCCUGUUAAAGAUGACGACUUUUGGAGCUUUCCUGCACAAAGGAGCUUUCUGCAGGAACUACUUCAAUUUGCUGGAUAUGCUGGUUGUUGGAGUAUCUCUGGUGUCAUUUGGGAUUCAAUCCAGUGCCAUCUCUGUCGUGAAGAUUCUGAGGGUCUUAAGGGUCCUGAGGCCCCUUAGAGCAAUCAACAGAGCAAAAGGGCUUAAGCAUGUGGUCCAGUGCGUCUUUGUGGCCAUCCGGACAAUUGGCAACAUCAUGAUCGUCACCACCCUCCUCCAGUUCAUGUUUGCCUGCAUCGGAGUGCAGUUAUUCAAGGGGAAGUUCUAUCGCUGCACAGAUGAAGCCAAAAGUAAUCCUGAAGAAUGCAGGGGACUUUUUAUCCUCUACAAGGAUGGGGAUGUGGAUAGCCCUGUGGUCCGUGAGAGGAUCUGGCAAAAUAGCGAUUUCAACUUUGACAACGUUCUUUCCGCUAUGAUGGCGCUCUUCACUGUCUCCACUUUUGAGGGUUGGCCUGCGUUGCUGUAUAAAGCCAUUGACUCAAAUGGAGAGAAUGUUGGGCCAGUCUACAACUACCGAGUGGAGAUCUCCAUCUUCUUCAUCAUCUAUAUCAUCAUUGUCGCCUUCUUCAUGAUGAACAUCUUUGUGGGCUUUGUCAUCGUAACAUUUCAGGAGCAGGGAGAAAAAGAGUAUAAGAACUGUGAGCUGGACAAAAAUCAGCGUCAGUGUGUUGAAUACGCCUUGAAAGCACGUCCCUUGCGGAGAUACAUCCCCAAAAACCCCUACCAGUACAAGUUCUGGUACGUGGUGAACUCUUCGCCUUUCGAAUACAUGAUGUUUGUCCUCAUCAUGCUCAACACACUCUGCUUGGCCAUGCAGCACUACGAGCAGUCCAAGAUGUUCAAUGAUGCCAUGGACAUUCUGAACAUGGUCUUCACUGGGGUGUUCACUGUCGAGAUGGUUUUGAAAGUCAUUGCAUUUAAGCCUAAGGGGUAUUUUAGUGACGCCUGGAAUACGUUUGACUCCCUCAUCGUAAUCGGCAGCAUUAUAGACGUGGCCCUCAGCGAAGCCGACCACUAUUUCACUGAUGCAUGGAACACUUUUGAUGCCUUAAUUGUUGUUGGUAGCGUCGUUGAUAUUGCUAUAACUGAAGUGAAUCCAACUGAAAGUGAAAAUGUCCCUGUCCCAACUGCUACACCUGGGAACUCUGAAGAGAGCAAUAGAAUCUCCAUCACCUUUUUCCGUCUUUUCCGAGUGAUGCGAUUGGUGAAGCUCCUCAGCAGAGGGGAAGGCAUCCGGACAUUGCUGUGGACUUUUAUUAAGUCCUUUCAGGCACUCCCAUAUGUUGCCCUCCUCAUCGCCAUGCUGUUCUUCAUCUACGCAGUCAUUGGCAUGCAGAUGUUCGGGAAAGUUGCCAUGAGAGAUAAUAACCAGAUCAAUAGGAACAACAACUUCCAGACGUUUCCCCAGGCGGUGCUGCUGCUCUUCAGGUGUGCAACAGGGGAGGCCUGGCAGGAGAUCAUGCUGGCCUGCCUCCCGGGGAAGCUCUGUGACCCUGAGUCCGAUUACAACCCUGGAGAGGAAUACACGUGUGGGAGCAACUUUGCCAUUGUUUAUUUCAUCAGUUUUUACAUGCUCUGUGCGUUUCUGAUCAUCAAUCUGUUUGUGGCUGUCAUCAUGGACAAUUUUGACUAUCUGACACGGGACUGGUCUAUUCUGGGGCCUCACCAUUUAGAUGAAUUCAAACGAAUAUGGUCAGAAUAUGACCCUGAGGCAAAGGGAAGGAUAAAACACCUUGAUGUGGUCACUCUGCUCCGGCGUAUCCAACCUCCUCUGGGGUUUGGGAAAUUAUGUCCACACAGAGUAGCGUGCAAGAGAUUAGUGGCCAUGAACAUGCCUCUCAACAGUGAUGGGACAGUCAUGUUUAACGCAACCCUGUUUGCUUUGGUCCGAACGGCUCUCAAGAUCAAGACUGAAGGGAACUUGGAACAAGCUAAUGAAGAACUUCGAGCUGUGAUAAAGAAAAUAUGGAAGAAAACCAGCAUGAAACUGCUUGACCAAGUGGUCCCUCCAGCCGGUGAUGAUGAGGUAACCGUGGGGAAGUUCUAUGCCACUUUCCUGAUACAGGACUACUUUAGGAAAUUCAAGAAACGGAAAGAACAAGGAUUGGUGGGAAAGUACCCUGCGAAGAACACCACAAUUGCCCUACAGGCGGGAUUAAGGACACUGCAUGACAUUGGGCCAGAAAUCCGGCGUGCUAUAUCCUGUGAUUUACAAGAUGACGAGCCGGAGGAAAUUAAACGAGAAGAAGAAGAUGUAUUCAAAAGAAAUGGUGCCCUGCUUGGAAACCAUGUCAAUCAUGUUAAUAGUGAUAGGAGAGAUUCCCUUCAGCAGACCAAUACCACCCACCGUCCCCUGCAUGUCCAAAGGCCUUCAAUUCCACCUGCAAGUGACACUGAGAAACCGCUGUUUCCUCCAGCAGGAAAUUCGGUGUGUCAUAACCAUCAUAACCAUAAUUCCAUAGGAAAGCAAGUUCCCACCUCAACAAAUGCCAAUCUCAAUAAUGCCAAUAUGUCCAAAGCUGCCCAUGGAAAGCGGCCCAGCCUUGGGAACCUUGAGCAUGUAUCUGAAAAUGGGCAUCAUUCCUCCCACAAGCAUGACCGGGAGCCUCAAAGAAGGUCCAGUAUUAAAAGAACUCGCUAUUAUGAAACUUACAUUAGGUCUGACUCAGGAGAUGAGCAGCUCCCAACUAUUUGCCGGGAAGAAGCAGACAUACAUGGCUACUUCAGGGACCCCCGCUUGGGGGAUCCCGAGUAUUUCAGCAGUGAGGAGUGUUAUGAGGAUGACAGCUCUCCCACCUGGAGCAGGCGAAACUACAGCUACUACAGCAGGUGCCCAGGCAGCAGUAUGGACUUCGAGUGGCCCCGAGGCUACCACCCUCCCCAGGGCUUCUGGGAGGACGAUGACUCCCCUGUUGGCUAUGACUCACGGAGAUCUCCCCGGAGACGCCUGCUACCUCCCACCCCAACAUCUCACCGGAGAUCCUCCUUCAACUUUGAGUGCCUGCGCCGGCAGAGCAGCCAGGAGGAGGUCCCACCGUCACCUGCCCUGCCACACCGAGCGGCCCUGCCUCUGCACCUGAUGCAGCAGCAGAUCAUGGCAGUUGCAGGCCUGGAUUCGAGUAAAGCCCAGAAGUACUCACCAAGCCACUCAACCCGGUCAUGGGCCACCCCUCCAGCAACCCCUCCAUACCGGGACUGGACACCGUGCUACACCCCCCUGAUCCAGGUGGAAAGGUCAGAGUCCCUGGACCAGGUCAAUGGCAGCCUGCCAUCCCUGCACCGCAGCUCCUGGUACACAGAUGAGCCUGACAUCUCCUAUAGGACAUUCACACCAGCCAGCCUGACUGUCCCCAGCAGCUUUCGGAACAAAAACAGUGACAAGCAGAGGAGCGCAGACAGCUUGGUGGAGGCAGUCCUGAUAUCUGAAGGCUUAGGACGCUACGCAAGAGAUCCAAAAUUUGUGUCGGCUACAAAACAUGAAAUCGCCGAUGCUUGUGACUUAACCAUUGAUGAGAUGGAAAGUGCAGCCAGCACCCUGCUCAACGGGAACGUGUGUCCUCGGGCCAAUGGGGAUCUGGGUCCUGCCUCACACCGGCAGGACUAUGAGUUCCAGGACUUCGGUCCAGGCUAUAGUGACGAAGAGCCAGACCUUGGACGAGAUGAGGAAGACCUGGCAGAUGAGAUGAUCUGCAUCACCACCUUGUAGCCUCAGCAGGGGCAGAGCAGCUCCAGCCUUUGUGGGGGAAAAGUGCCUCGUAGUUAGAAAGUUUAGGCACUAGUUGGGAGUAAAUAUUCAAUUAGACUUUUGUACAAGUGAUGUCAUGCCUCAAGGAAGCCAUAAACCUGGUAGGUACAGGUUCCAAGCGGCAAGCUCAGCAGCGCGCCAGGCGCUGAGCUCAGCAGCAGAAGGCAGAUCUGGUCCUCUUGCGAGGGCGGGUAAGGCCAGAGCAGUUCCUCCUGACCACCCAGAUGGGUGCUGCCAGGGGAGUCCAAGUCUCACCGCACCCAGGGUGCCCGAAGGAGCGGUGGGGAAGGUUAAAGGUGAUGACGAUCACCACACCUUGUCAUUACCUCAGCCAUCAGUCUAGCAUAUCAGACACUCACUGGGCCCAGCAUAUCCAUUUUUAUACCCCAAACACACUGCUUCCUGGUUCCUGUUUAGCUGUUCUGGAGGACAGUGUCAGAACCCCGCUACCAGCGAUCAUCAUGAGAGGGGAGUGGGACCUCAUAGACAAGGUUUUCUGCUAUAUGACGCCAGUUUACAUAAGAGAACGUCACUCGGAUGGUCAGUUCCGACUGUCGUGCUUAAGGGCAACUGUAAACUGGAAAUAAUAAUGCACUUGCAACCAGGUAAACUUAGAUACACUAGUUUGUUUAAAAAUUAUAGAUUUACUGUACAUGACUUGUAAUAUAUUACAAUUUGUAUUUGUAAAGAGAUGGUCUAUAUUUUGUAAUUAUUGUACCGUAUUUGAACUGCAGCAAUAUCCAUGGGUCCUAACAAUUAUAGUUCCCCACUGAAAUCUAGAAAUUACUAGUAUUUUUACUUGGGCUAUAGAAAGGUAGACAAAAUAGAGCCAAUUCUCACAUAUUCAGUGAAAAUCCUUUGGGGGUAAAAUUUUGAGUUCGAAAGAACUUGACACUACAGAAAUUUUUCUAAAAUAUUUUGAGUCACUAUAAACCUGUCUUUACAUAAGUAUACAAGAUGACUACUUGCAGUUUUUUUCUUUGGGCAAGAAUUCUAUGAUUUUGAUAGGGUACUUUUAUCCACCAGGGGUUGCAAUUAUCUGUUUGGUUUUACUUUAAUAACCCUCUGAUAAGUCUAUUACAGAGUAGGUCAAGCUGGGCUACUCUGCCCUGGUGCAGGCGUAGGUUUAUUGCCUCAGCUGCCCACACAGGCCAUUUCUGCAACUCUGCUGCAGAAAUAAUUGCACAGGUGAAAGUAGUAUGUCUGCUCCAGUGCCCUGGGGACUGGUGGUGCUGGGGUGGGGGACGGAGGAGCACUGUGGUGACCCUUAGGGUCAGAAUGUCGGGGUCUGUACAGAUUAUGCUGUUGCCUUUUACAAAAUGUUGCUGUGCUGUGUUCUCUUUGAGGGCUUUUAUAUGCAAUUGAAUGAGGGCUGAAGUUUUCAUGAGAAUGUACUCCGACUGUAUGUCCUGGAAAAAGCCAGUUUUGGAUCAUUAGAACUGUCAAGGCUUCCUUUUCUGUUAACAGAAUCACUCCAACGUCAUUACGUGACCUUGGCAGGGAUUCCCUGCAAUCACAAAGACAGGUAGCAAUUUUGGUUCAAACUUUUUUAACUAGUACGUAGACAAACUGUCAGAAUUUUUUUUUUUUUUUUUUUUUUUUUGUAAAUAACACUUUGUUAUAAAGACCUCACAAACCUCUUCUUAAGACAUUCUUACUCCAGAUCUGGGCAAAAACACUUCAAGGUUUGUAAAUGACUAUUUCCUGACAGAAAGCCUUUUUUAUUAAAAUGCAAACUGUUCUUCAGAA